AUGAUUGCAAGUUAUUUGGCUGCUCUCGCUUUCGCAGGCUCGGCUUUUGCAGCAGCUCCUUAUUCGGAAUACAUUCUCGCCCCAUCGCAGCGUGUCUUGACACCAGUCUCUGUCCACCAAGCCAAUGGCUCCGUCACCAAUCCUUCUGGUCUUACAGAGAAUGGAAAUGGCAACACUGCUCUGGCUGGUCGCUCUGCUGUGACUUACGACUACGGCAAGAACAUUGGUGGACUGGUGUCCUUCACCGUCUCAUCCGUGAACGGCACUGGCAAUUACAUCGGCAUCUCAUUCUCAGAGUCGUCCUUCUGGAUCAGCCCUGAUGGCAGCGAUGCUACACAGAACGUCGGCAUCGAUGAGACACUCUGGUACCUUGUCAAUGCCACUGGUGAUUACACACUCGACAACGACCAUCAACGAGGUGGUUUCAGAUAUCUCAACGUCAACCAUAACAGCUCUGGAUCCGUGGCUUUGAGCUCGAUCACCACGAACUUUACUGCCAUGCCACACUAUGCAGAUGAUGCUAUGCGUGACUAUACUGGCUAUUUCCAUUGCAAUGACGAGAUAUUGAACAGAGUCUGGUACGCCGCAGCGUAUACUGAUCAACUCUGCACGAUCCCAUCCACUUCGGGCAACUCGUUGGUUGACCUUGAGGCUAACAACACCAAUGCUACAACAUACUGGUGGUCCAAUUCCACUCUUACGAAUGGUUCACAAGCUCUUGUCGACGGUGCGAAGCGUGACAAGCUGAUCUGGCCCGGUGAUUUCUCCAUUUCGUUGCCAGGGGUCUUCCUCUCGACGAACGACCAAUCUACACUCAAGCUGUCUGUAGCACAGCUUCUCUCUGAACAGAAUGCUUCCACUGGACAGCUCCACUACGUUGCCAGUCCGACUUUCGAGCGCCCUGCCAGUGCAUUCUUCGAGGGUAUCUCGCAGGUCUACUCGUUCACCUACCACCUCUACAACCUCCUGGCGCUCAACAACUACUACAUCUAUAGUGGAGAUCUUGAGUUCCUACAGCAAAAUUGGUACCGAUUCCAGUUUGGACUCAAUUACAGCCUCUCGUCUGUCGACUCAACUGGCUUGGCGUACGUAGGCGAGAACGCCACUGCCGACUGGCUGCGAGUUGGCAUGGGCGCCCGCAAUAUCGAGGCCAACUCUGUUCUCGCAUACACCCUCACCACUGCCAUCAGCCUUGCUUACGCAGUUAACGACACGGCUCUCAUUCCGACUUGGCAGAAGUACCACGACAACAUCGUCUCGGCAGCCAACACGCUGUUGUGGGAUGAUGCCGCUGGUCUGUUCAAGGACAAUGAAACGACUACCUUGCAUCCUCAGGAUGGUAACUCGUGGGCUGUACUCUCUGGUGUUGCCAAUGCAAGCCGUGCGGCUACUAUCUCCACAAAUCUUCACGCACGAUGGGGUCCAUACGGCGCACCAGCACCUGAAGCUGGCACGACUGUAUCACCAUUUAUCAGUGGCUUCGAGCUCCAAGCUCACUUCUUGGCUGGACGACCAGAGUACGCGAUCGCAUUGAUGGAGUACAUGUGGGGUGACUUUAUGCUUGAUGACCCUCGCAUGACCAACAGCACGUUCAACGAGGGCUACGAUGUCUCUGGUGCUCUUCACUAUCCAGCUUACGAGGACGAUGCACGUAUUAGCCACGCCCACGGCUGGUCGACUGGGCCUCUACUUGCUCUGACCAACUACGCUGCUGGUCUACAUGUGAUCAACAGUACGACUUGGCUUGUUCAGCCACAGCCAGGCAACUUGACCAGCAUCGACGCAGGGUUCACUACUGCCAUUGGCACUUUCGGCGCCAAGUUCAGCAGCGGGAAUGGCUCGGUUCAGUACAGCUUCCAGACGCCAUCAGGUACUUCUGGGACUGUGAAGAUGUCUGGUGUCAGCGGUAGCCUAAAAAGCGCCAAUGGUACAAUGGUGCCUUUGGUUAAUGGCAUGGCUAGCGGAGUGCCUGGCGGAAACUGGACACUGUUGACGACUGGAAAUAGCACUCUUGGAGGCAAUGGUGGUAGUGGUAGUGCAUCGAAUGGCACGUCUGGAAGUGGGAGUGGUCCAGUGCCGUACACGGGCAGUGCGGCGAAGAUAAGUAUGGGAACGCUCAUUGGCCUUGUGGCAGUGACUGCUUUCACUCUAGUACUGUAG